GCUACUCAAGCGCAGUGUAAUAUAUACGCACGUCGGAACAUCAUACACUAUAUCGAAUUGUAGCAAAUACCCAAAUUCUUUGACAUGUCGAUGCCAUAUUCUCCUCCUCAAAGAUCCUUGCAGUUCAUCGCCGGGUCUCCUCUCGGAUACCACCACCUCAACCCACGUACUCUCUAUGAAUUUCUCUCCUUCUCUCUCCCAUCCUAUAACUUGAGCAUCAUGAAACUUCGCAUCGCAUACUUCCUUCCAGCCGUGACCACGAUCUUGUUUUCACACACAGCAUCUGGCGAAUCCCUCACAUCCUACGAACUCACCGCAGCUAUGGCAGAGCCAGUGACGCGCAUCGCAUGCUUCAAAUUCCGCUCCACAGUCAGCGCAGAGCAAAAAAGCGAUAGAACACGCGCUUUCCUGGAUCUCUAUGCGCAGCAUCAGGAUUUGAUCUUGGAGAUGCCGAAGGGAGGGCGGCCGUUGGACACGCCGUUGAAUUUGACGGAUGUACAGAGGGAGAAGGUGUGGGAUACGGGGUUUGUAGUGAAGUUCAAUGUAAGUAGUGCGUUUGUGGGGUGA